CCCAGAGCAGUCACUGUAACGGACAUGGCCGCCUCGUUGGUACCCGUGUGCGGGAGGUCAGCCAGGCUGCUGAGCGUGCUGGGAGUCAGGGUAACCUGGGGAUGCCGGCUAUGGAGUUCGGAGAGCAGGGCGGGAGGCGGACUAGUAGGGGCCGUGCUGCAGGAGAAGCUGCGGAGCCGAGAGACCUCCAGUGACCCCUCUGAUACCCCUGAUCCUGAAGGACAGCAGAAGAAACAGAAGGAAAACACAGCAAAGGCCAAGAAGUUCCUUCUGCGAGGAUCGGGGCUGAUGGGAGUUGUGGCCGCCGGGGCCCUGGUCUAUGUAUUUGGCAGCAACUCUGUGGACGAGCAGGGAAACAAGAUACCUGAUGAGUUUGACAACGAGCCUCCUGUUGUUCAACAUUUUAAAAGAACCUACAAAUAUUUUAAGGAUUACCGCCAGAUGAUCAUCGAGCCUACAAGUCCCAAACUUCUGCCGGACCCCCUGAAGGAGCCGUACUACCAGCCCCCUUACACCCUUGUGCUGGAACUGACAGGUGUCCUGCUGCACCCCGAGUGGUCGCUGGUGACUGGCUGGAGGUUCAAGAAACGCGCGGGAAUCGAGAGCUUGUUCCAGCAGCUGGCGCCCCUGUACGAGAUCGUCAUAUUCACCUCUGAGACCGGACUGACCGCAUUCCCUCUCGUCGAUAAUUUGGAUCCGCAUGGUUUUGUGUCGUACCGGCUGUUCCGUGAUGCUACACGUUACAUGGAUGGACAUCAUGUUAAGGACAUCUCGUGUCUGAAUCGGGACCCCUCUCGCGUGGUCGUCGUGGACUGCAAAAGAGAGGCUUUUAAAUUGCAGCCGUACAACGGUCUCGCCAUAAAGCGAUGGGACGGUAACUCGGAAGACCGAGCGCUCUACGACCUGACGGCGUUCCUGAAGACCGUGGCGGUCAGUGGAGUCAGCGACGUCCGAUCCGUCCUGGAGAAUUAUUCCUUGGAGGAGGAUCCCUUGGAAGCAUUUAAGCGCCGACAGUCGCAGCUUGAGCAGGAGGAGCAGCAGAGACUGUCGGAGUUGGCCCAGCUCAGUAAGAGACAGAACCUCUCCCUGGGCUCCAUCACCAGCCGCCUUUGGCCUCGGUCCAAACAGUGACGUCCCACCGCGAAGCCCCCCGGCCCCCCGUGACUGUGUUAAUAAAUACAUUUUGUAGAAAAUCA